ACCCAGCGCAGGCGCUGAGCAGGGCAGUCGCUGCUGGAGGUGGCGGCGGCCAGGGGGCCGGAGCCGAGCAGCAGCAGUUCCAGCUAAUCCGGAGGCGGCGGCAGAGCUAAGACUUCAGGGUCCGGAAUCGCAAAUAUUUGACAACAGGUGAAUUGCUGUUCUGAAUCUGAGUUCUUAAUAGUAAAGUGGACAGUUAUUCUGAGCGAAGGACCCUGCAAGGCCUACUAAGUGGUUAUCAUGGGCUUAAUUGCAUUUUUGAAGACCCAGUUUAUAGUUCAUCUCCUCAUUGGGUUUGUCUUCGUUGUGAGUGGGUUGAUCAUUAACUUCGUCCAACUAUGCACACUAAUCCUCUGGCCUAUAAACAAGCAGUUUUAUCGCCGAGUAAACUGUCGCCUUGCCUAUUCGCUCUGGAGCCAGUUAGUAAUGUUGCUGGAAUGGUGGUCAGGCACAGAAUGCACUUUAUUCUCAGACCAGGCCACAGUGGAUAAAUUUGGAAAAGAACAUGUGAUCAUCAUCUUGAAUCACAACUUUGAAAUUGACUUCUUGUGUGGUUGGACUAUGACUGAACGCUUUGGAGUGUUGGGGAGUUCCAAAGUUCUUGCUAAGAAAGAACUGUUGUAUGUGCCCUUGAUUGGUUGGACGUGGUACUUCCUUGAGAUCGUUUUCUGCAAAAGGAAAUGGGAAGAAGACAGAGAUACAGUUAUUGAGGGAUUAAGACGUUUGUCUGAUUAUCCUGAAUAUAUGUGGUUUCUCCUGUAUUGUGAAGGAACUCGUUUUACAGAAACCAAGCAUCGUAUCAGCAUGGAGGUGGCUGAAUCCAAAGGGUUGCCUAAAUUGAAAUAUCAUCUGCUGCCCAGAACCAAAGGUUUCACCACUGCUGUCCAGUGUCUCAGGGGAACAGUUUCAGCAGUGUACGAUGUAACGCUAAACUUCAGAGGAAACAAGAACCCAUCUUUAUUAGGAAUCCUUUAUGGAAAGAAAUAUGAAGCAGAUAUGUGUGUAAGGAGAUUUCCUCUUGAAGACAUCCCUGUAGAUGAAAAGGAAGCUGCAAACUGGCUUCAUAAACUGUACCAGGAGAAGGAUGCUUUACAAGAGAUGUAUAAUCAGGAAGGCAUAUUUCCCGGCCGUCAGUUUAAACCUCCUAGAAGACCAUGGACUCUGCUAAACUUCCUCUUCUGGGCUACUGUCCUGCUCUCUCCUCUCUUCACCUUUGGUUUUGGAAUUUUUGCAAGUGGAUCACCCCUUCUUAUCCUUGCAUUCCUGGGGUUUGUUGGAGCAGCUUCCUUUGGAGUUCGUAGACUGAUAGGAGUAACUGAAAUAGAAAAAGGCUCCAGCUAUGGCAACCAAGAAUUCAAGAAAAAAGAAUAACUCACAGCUGCAGCAGAGCACAUAAAACCAGACUAUGGUAUCAAAUUAACUUAAUUUAAAAACACUUAGAAACUAUCUUUUUCUUAUUAACUGAUGACUAAUAUUAAUGAAUAAUACUUGAGCCAAGAAUGAAGAAAUUAGAAGAAUCAAGAGGAGAGAAAACAUCAACUUUCUGUCUGUUUAAGGACCAUUUUAUUCAAACUUAGGUUGAAAAUCUGGGCUAAAAAAUGGUAACUUUUUGCUUUGUUUGUGGAGUGGCCGAGAAAUAUUGGACACAGCUACCUACUUCUUCAUAUGACCAGUCACACUGGUUUAUCCUUCAAGAAUCUGAAACUCACUUUGCAAUAGGAGCCAUUGAAUGUUUCCUCUUGCUAAAGCCAAUUUAAUAUUUGUUUUUCCCAGCAUCAGUGCUGGGUAUGCUCCAGGAAACACAACCCAUUUUAAAUUCACUGACAGCAGUUCCUUGGGUGAAAGCCAUUUGGAAAGGCCAUUUUAUCAUGACUACUGAUGAAAUCCCAUUUGUGUACAUUUUAUUGAAGGCACUUUUUAUUUUCAGGCAACAUCCUAUAACUUUUGUACCACAAGAAAAUGGAUAAUGGAAUUUUGAUGAGAGUGGUACCUUAUUGAUAAGCACAUACUGUACAUCAGAUUCACUAGUUUUAAUACAGUUUAAAGGCUUCCCCUCCCUACCUGUUGGUCAAUGCUCAGUUGAAGCUCAACACACCACUUUGCUGAUUUGAGCUCUGCCCUGUUUUAUACUUUACAUGCCUUGGAUCUGUUUUGCUUUGCUUUGCUUUUUUUAAGUGAAUAGUAAGCCCUGAGAUUUGGUCCAGUGUAAAGAAGGCUAUUUACACAGUUAUACUGACGUUUCUUCUUUAUUUCUGUUCCUGUUUCUCAUCACCGAAGUCCCACUCCACUGGUUGUCCCUUGCAGCAGUCUACUGAGAAAAUCAGCAUAAACCAGCACAGCCGUCCUGGAAAGGAUUUUUCUUUAUCUGCAGCAACACUAAAAAGAAAGGGUGCAAUUAGUGUCUCUAAUGCUGUGAUACUCAGUGGUUCAGGAGUCAAAUUAGCGAUCAACAUUACCCGAAAGAGCCACAGUAGUGCAAAUCAUUGCUUCAUUUA